GCGCGCAGUCUGGGUCAAGGAGUGGGGAGGCUGCGGGGCGUCUUGGCGCUAGCGAGGAGCUGGGCGCACGCGGCGUCCCCCCAGGCCUGGGCAUCUUCGUACCCCGCGCAGAGAGCGCAGGCUGCUCUGGAGCCCACCACUUUCUGGGGGGCCCUGGCCCGCGACACACUGGUGUGGGACGCCCCCUACCACACAGUCUGCGACUGCGAUUUUGGCAGCGGCAGGAUCGGCUGGUUCCUUGGGGGCCGGCUCAACGUGUCGGUCAACUGCUUGGACCAGCAUGUCCGAAAGGCGCCCGAGAGUGUCGCUUUGAUCUGGGAGCGCGAUGAGCCUGGCACAGAAGUGAGGAUCACCUACAGGGAGCUGCUGGAGACCACGUGCCGCCUGGCCAAUACGCUGAAGAGGUAUGGAGUCCAGCGAGGGGACCGUGUGGCCAUUUACAUGCCGGUGUCCCCAGUGGCUGUGGCAGCAAUGCUGGCCUGUGCCAGGAUCGGAGCUGUCCACACAGUUAUCUUUGCUGGAUUCAGUGCAGAGUCCUUGGCUGGGAGGAUCAAUGAUGCCAAGUGCAAAGUGGUCAUUACCUUCAACCAAGGACUCCGGGGAGGACGUGUGGUAGAGCUGAAAAAAAUAGUGGAUGAAGCCGUGAAGAACUGCCCAACAGUCCAGCACGUCCUGGUGGCACACAGGACAGAGAACAAGGUCCCCAUGGGGGUGCUGGAUGUCCCUCUUGAGCAGGAGAUGGCACAGGAGGCCCCCGUGUGCAUCCCAGAAAGCAUGGGCAGUGAGGACAUGCUCUUCAUGCUGUACACUUCGGGGAGCACUGGGUCACCCAAGGGGCUGGUGCACACCCAGGCGGGCUACCUGCUGUACGCCGCCCUGACGCACAAGCUUGUGUUUGACUAUCAGCCAGGCGAUGUCUUUGGCUGUGUGGCAGACAUUGGCUGGAUCACAGGACACAGCUACGUGGUAUAUGGACCCCUCUGCAAUGGUGCCACCAGCAUCCUUUUUGAGAGCACCCCAGUCUACCCCAAUGCUGGUCGGUACUGGGAGAUGGUGCAGAGGCUGGGGGUCAGUCAGUUCUAUGGUGCCCCAACUGCCAUCCGGCUGCUCCUGAAGCUCGGGGAUGUCUGGGUGAAGAAGUAUGACCGCUCGUCUCUGCGCACCCUGGGCUCGGUGGGUGAGCCCAUCAAUCACGAGGCCUGGGAAUGGCUGCACAAGGUGGUAGGGGAUGGCAGGUGCACACUGGUAGACACCUGGUGGCAGACAGAGACUGGUGGCAUCUGCAUCGCUCCCCGGCCCUCAGAAGAAGGAGCUGAAAUCCUCCCUGGCAUGGCCAUGAGGCCCUUUUUUGGCAUCUUGCCCACUCUCAUGGAUGAGAAGGGCAACGUGGUGGAGGGUGGCGAUGUCUCUGGGGCCUUGUGCAUUGCCCAGGCCUGGCCAGGUAUGGCCAGGACCAUCUAUGGUGACCACCAGAGAUUCAUAGACUCCUACUUCAGGGCCUACCCAGGCUACUACUUUACUGGAGAUGGGGCUCACCGAACCCAGGACGGCUACUACCAGAUCACAGGACGCAUGGAUGACGUCAUCAACAUCAGUGGCCACCGCCUGGGCACUGCAGAGAUCGAGGAUGCCAUGGCUGACCACCCCGCUGUGCCGGAGACUGCUGUCAUAGGCUACCCCCAUGACAUCAAAGGAGAAGCUGCGUUUGCCUUCAUCGUGUUGAAGGAUGAGGCUGGUGAUGUGGAUGUGGUGGUGAAUGAGCUCAAGUUGGCAGUGGCCACCAAGAUCGCCAAAUAUGCUGUGCCUGAUCAGAUCCUGGUGGUGAAGCGUCUUCCCAAAACCCGUUCUGGGAAAGUCAUGCGGCGGCUCCUGAGGAAGAUUGUCACAGGCAGGACCCAGGACCUGGGGGACAUCACCACCCUGGAGGACCCCAGCAUCAUUGAGGAAAUCCUGAGUGCCUUCCACACACAUACAGAGAGGCGGGCAGCUGCCAAAUAGGAUGUGGCCUCCACCCAAGCUCGGACCUCGCCCCAGUGAGUGCAGGCCUCCCUUGCCCCCUAGGACAUCCCAGUGCACAGUCCACACCCUCAAUGUGAAGCCAGCCUGGAGCCUCUCUUCCUUCUGGGGGCCCGGAGCCUGACCCGCCAGGGUGCCAACACACACAGUAGCUUCUGUGCUGCUUGCCUGGGCUCAGUUUCCAGGCCUGGAUGUCAGCAGCAUCUGCGGCCCAGCACUGGGGCAACCCCAUUUCUUUAGAAGUUUCCAGAGGCAAAAGGCAGAGGCUAUGCUCUUUGAAUUCUUGAAUUUGGGAGAGCACUGUUCUAGGGCUUCAUUGUGAGGUGAGGGCACUCCCCACCCCCCACCCCCCACACACGGUAGCAGAGUCAGGCAAAUCUCUGGCUCCAUCAGUGAGAAGGGCCCAUUCUCCAGCGCCUGUUAGCAAAUCUGGAAAUUUGGUCAGAUGUCUCUGCCCCUGUCUGUCUGCUGUCCUGGAAACUUUGUGCCGAUGUCCCAUGUCUGUCCCUCCUGACCUUGGUCUGUGUCUUCUCAGAAUGGAUGACCCCUGACUCCUGAGCUCUGCAGCUGUUCUGGGGGCAUUUGUUCCUUGGAGCUGUAACCCAGCAGGAUUUGCUUUCUGCUCGAUGCAUCUCAGGAGAAAGUCAGGGAAAACUCAGGUGAACAUCAUGGCAGCUUGGUCUUAACUGGACUCCUGUUUUAGGGAAAGGGAGAGCCAGAGGCCACAGCGUAAGACAUGCGCUUUGUUCCAAGCUCCCCUUUUCAAUGUGCCUUAAGUCCUGAAGAUCACAAACUGAUGUGGGUCAGGUCACUCAGUGCUUGUUGAGAGCCAGGCCUGGUGAGCAAGACCAAGGCUGUGGGGCAGUUAGGGGCUGUGCCCCUGUGCACCCCAUGGAUGUGUGGGUAUUCACAGGGUCUGGCUGCUGCACACCUGCUGGGACCUCUCUGCAUUGGCUCUGGGCAAUUGGGUGAGCACGCCAAGACCCCAAGGUGGCAGAGGCUGCAGUACGCACAACACUGAGCAAUGGCGCUCAUUACCACUAAUAAUGCUGAGCCAUGCACCAGGCCC